AGCAGAAGAUCCUAGAGCUCACCCACAAGAUGAUGGAGCUGCUGACUGGAGAGGUUCCUAUAAGGUGUCAGGAUGUCACUGUCUAUUUCUCCAUGGAGGAGUGGGAGUAUAUAGAAGGCCACCAGGAUCUGUACGAGGAGGCCAUGAUGGUGGAGCACCAGCCUCUUAUAUCACAAGAUGGAUCCAGGAGGAGAAAUCCACAAGAGAGAUGUCCCCGUCCUCUGUAUUCCCAGGACUGUCCAGAGGAGAAGGUCCCGGAGAACCCUCAGAUGACAAAUCGUGGGAAAAAUCCAACUGAAAUUAAAGUGGAGGAUGAAGAAGAGAGGAUGAUGGGCGAUCCCCCAUGUCGGACCGAGGUGGAGGAGGACAUUCCAGGGGAUGUUACCACAGAUGGAUGCCAGAGGAGAAAUCCAGUAGAGAGAUGUCCCCGUCCUCUGUAUUCCCAGGACUGUCCAGAGGAGAAGGUCCCGGAGAACCCUCAGAUGACAAAUCGUGGGAAAGAUCCAACUGAAAUUAAAGUGGAGGAUGAAGAAGAGAGGAUGAUGGGCGAUCCCCCAUGUCGGACCGAGGUGGAGGAGGACAUUCCAGGGGAUGUCACCACAGAAAAUCCCAGUAAGAAUUCCGAGGUAAACCUCAUGUUAUCACUAAAUUAUAAAGCAGAAGAUGAAGAUAUCAUGCUGUGCUCUGCAGGAGAAAAUGUACAUCCAGGACUUCACAGUACAGAUCUAUCAAGUAAUCUCCCUAAUCAUGAGGGACCUUCUACUGAUCAAUCAUGGAAUGUUACAAGUAUAGGUCAGAAAGGGGGUAAAAUGUUUCACUGUGAUAAAGCCUUCACAAAGAGAUCAAGACUUCACACAGGCGUGAAGCCAUAUUCAUGUUCAGAAUGUGGGAAGUGUUUUACCCGAAAAUCACACCUUGUUUGCCAUGUGAGAAUUCACACAGGCGAGAAGCCAUAUUCAUGUUCAGAAUGUGGAAAAUGUUUUACAGAGAAAACAAAUCUUGUUUACCAUGAGAGAACUCACACAGGAGAGAAGCCAUAUUCAUGUUCGGAAUGUGGGAAAUGUUUUAAAAGAAGAAAACAACUCGUUACACAUCUGAUAAUUCACACAGAAGAGAAGCCUUAUUCAUGUUCAGAAAGUGGGAAAUGUUUUGCAGAUAAAUCAAUUCUUGUUUGCCAUGAGAGAAGUUACACAGGAGAGAAGCCAUAUUCAUGUUCAGAAUGUGGGAAAUGUUUUACCCGGAAAUCACACCGUGAUAGACAUGAGACAAUUCACAUAGGAUUGAAGCCGUAUUCAUGUUCAGAAUGUGGGAAAUGUUUUACACUAAAAUCAAACCUUGUUUGCCAUGUGAGAAUUCACACAGGCGAGAAGCCAUAUUCAUGUUCAGAAUGUGGAAAAUGUUUUACAGCGAAAACAAGUCUUGUUUGCCAUGAGAGAAUUCACACAGGAGAGAAGCCGUUUUUAUGUUUAGAAUGUGGGAGACGUUUUACACAAAAGCCAGGUCUUGUUGCACAUCAGAGAAGUCACACACGAGAGAAAUAGAGAAGAGCAAAUUACUUGAAAUAUGUUUUACCGUGUUUUUCGAUUUAUAAGACACACCUGAUGAUAAGACGCACCUAGGUUUUUGAGGGGGAAAAUAAGAAAAAAAAAAUUUUGAACCCAAAAAUAUGCUUUUGGUAGUUUUAAACUAUUGGUGGUCUGUGGGUGACGCAUUGUUAUAGGGCAUCUUUGGAUGACGCACGGUUAUGGAGGAUCUGUGGAUGACGCAUUGUUAUAGGGCAUCUUUGGAUGA